AUGUCGAGGAUAAGCCGGGCCACUCGGGCCCUCAGGAAGCCCGAGGCCGGCGGCGUGAUCCGGACCAUCGUGCGGGCAGGCCAGGCCAUGCCCGGGCCCCCACUAGGCCCCGUCCUGGGUCAGCGAGGCGUUUCCAUCAACCAGUUCUGUAAGGAGUUCAAUGAGAAAACCAAGGACAUCAAAGAAGGCAUUCCUCUGCCUACCAAGAUUUUUGUGAAGCCUGACAGGACAUUUGAAAUCAAAAUUGGCCAACCCACUGUUUCCUACUUCCUGAAGGCAGCUGCUGGGAUUGAGAAGGGGGCCCGGCACACAGGUAAGGGGCAGGAGGUGGCAGGCCUAGUGACACUGAAGCACGUGUAUGAGAUCGCCCGUGUCAAAGCUCAGGAUGACGCCUUCGCCUUGCAGGAUGUGCCCCUGUCCUCUGUUGUCCGCUCCAUCAUUGGCUCUGCCCGUUCCCUGGGCAUUCGUGUGGUGAAGGACCUCAGUUCAGAAGAGCUGGCAGCUUUCCAGAAGGAGCGAGCCCUGUUCCUGGCUGCUCAGAAAGAGGCAGAUUUGGCAGCCCAGGCAGAAGCUGCCAAGAAGUGA